GUCUAUCCCAUCCCAUCCCAUCCCAUCCCAUCCCAUCCCAUCCCAUCGUGUCUGUCCUGUCCCAUUUGUCCUGUUUGUCCCAUUCCAUGCCACCCCAUGCCACACCACCCCAUGCCACGCUAUCCCAUCCUGUCUGGACCCAUCCCAUCCCAUGGGAUUUGGGGGGUGUACACAUGCAGGUGUGCAAUUGAGCCCUCCCCACUCCCACUCAGUACCCCCAGUCCACCCCCAGAGCCUCCAGUACCGCCCAGUGCCCCCCAGUACCCGCUGAGGGAUGCCCACGGGCUGGUCCCCCUCAGGCCUGACGGAGGACGAGGACGUCCAGCGGAUGCUGCGGGGCUCCCUGCUCUGGAAGAUCAAGUCCCGGGGGGGCCCCAGGGAGCGGCUCUUCCGCCUGCAGGAGGACGGGGCGACCGUCUGCUUCGAGGGGGGCUUCAGGCGCGCCCGCUCCCAGCAGAGCUUCUCGGUGAUGCACAUCGAGGCGGUGCGCGAGGGACGCCAGUCGGAGGGUCUGCGCCAGCACGGAGCCGCCUUCCCCGAGCGGCACUGCUUCACCCUCGUCUUCAAGGGCAAGCGCAAGAACCUGGACCUGGCCGCCCAGGGCGAGGAGGACGCCCGGCACUGGGUGCAAGGGCUCUCCAAGCUGAUGGGGCGGCUGCAGGCCAUGAGUCAACCGGAGAAGCUCGACCACUGGAUCCACGGGGUCCUGCAGCGAGCAGACAGGAACAAGGACAACAAGAUGUCCUUCCGGGAGGUGAAGAGCAUGCUGAGGAUGAUCAACAUCGACAUGGACGAUGUCUACGCCUACAAGCUCUUCAAGGAGUGCGACCGCUCUGGCAACGAGCGGCUGGAGGGCCGGGAGGUGGAGGAGUUUUGCCGCCGGCUGCUGCGGCGGCCGGAGCUGGAGGAGCUUUUUGGGCGUUACUCGGGGGAGGACCGGGUCCUGUCGGCCGAGGAGCUGCGGGAUUUCCUGCGGGAUCAGGGGGAGGACGCCAGCCUGCGCCAGGCCCGCGCCAUCAUCCGCACCUACGAGCUCAACGAGAAGGCCAGGCAGCAGGACCUGAUGAUGCUGGACGGCUUCAUGAUGUACCUCCUCUCGGCCGCCGGUGACAUCCUCAACCAGGAGCACACCAAGGUGCACCAGGACAUGAGCCAGCCCCUGUGCCACUACUUCAUCUCCUCCUCCCACAACACCUACCUGACCCGCAACCAGAUCGGUGGCACCAGCAGCACCGAGGCCUAUGUCAGGGCGCUGAUGGCGGGGUGCCGCUGUGUGGAGCUGGACUGCUGGGAGGGCUCCGACGGGGAACCCAUCGUCUACCACGGCCACACGCUCACCUCCAAAAUCCUCUUCCGCGAUGUCAUCGAGAGCAUCCGCGACUACGCCUUCAAGCAAUCGCCCUACCCUGUCAUCCUGUCCCUGGAGAACCACUGUGGGCUGGAGCAGCAGGCCACCAUGGCCCGGCACAUGAAGGCCAUCCUGGGGGACAUGCUGCUGACGCAGCCGCUGGAGGGGCAGGACCCCCACGACCUCCCAUCCCCCGAGCAGCUGAAGGGGAAAGUCCUGGUGAAGGGCAAGAAGCUGCCAGAGACGUGGCAUGAGCCCCAGGGUGUCACCUCCCUUCUGGACCAUGAGGAGGAGGAAGAAGAAGAGGAGGAAGAAGAAGAGGAGAAGCUGCAGGAGAGAAGCAGCCGGCGGUCGCUGCAGUCGCUGCAGGAGAUCAAACCCCUACAGGCCAAAGAUGCAUCACAGGUGGCCCCGGAGCUGUCGGCUGUGGUGGUGUACUGCCAGGCUGUGCCCUUCCCUGGCCUGGCCCAUGCCCUGCAACACCCCCGGCCCUGCGAGAUGUCCUCCUUCAGCGAGAGGAAGGCUCGGAAGCUCAUCAAGGAGGCUGGCCCGGCGCUGGUCCGGUACAACGCCCGGCAACUCAGCCGCAUCUACCCGCUGGGGCUGAAGAUGAACUCCUCCAACUACAACCCUCAGGAGAUGUGGAACGUCGGCUGCCAGCUGGUGGCCCUCAACUUCCAGACGCCGGGUUACGAGAUGGACCUGAACGCGGGGCGGUUCCUGGGCAACGGGCGCUGUGGUUACGUGCUGAAGCCCCCCUGCCUGCGCAGCCCCCCCGGAGAGGGACCCCGCCGCCUGGCCCUGCACAUCAGGGUGAUCACGGCGCAGCAGCUGCCCAAGUUGAACCGGGAGAAGGGGAGCUCCAUCGUGGACCCCUUCGUGCGGGUGGAGAUCCACGGUGUCCCGGCCGACUGCAGCAAGCAGCAGACCCACCACAAGCUCAACAAUGGCUUCAACCCGCGCUGGGAGGAGACGCUGAGCUUCCAGCUGCGGGCGCCCGAGCUGGCCCUGGUGCGCUUCGUGGUGGAGGACUACGACAGCACCUCCUGCAAUGACUUCGUGGGACAGUUCACCCUGCCCCUGGCCAGCAUGAGGGAAGGGUAUCGCCACAUCCAUCUGCUCUCCAGGGACGGGGCGUCCCUGUCCCCGGCCACGCUCUUCGUGCACGUUCGGUGCAAGAACCUGUGAGGUCCCCGCGGUCCCACUGGGAGGGACAUCACGUACCCCUGUGGGGGACAACUUGGUCCUCCAUGGGGUGGGCAUCCUCCUGCACCAGAGACACCCUGCUCCCUGUGUGGGGACAGCCUGGGGACACCGCUCACCCGGCCACAGUGACAGCAGGGCUGGCUGCGGGACCCCAGGGAGUAGGGGACCCCCUCCAUGUCCCAUAGUGCCACCCCAUCUUCUGCCCUCUGUGCCCCCCCUCCCUGGCUGUGACCCCCAGGGGGACAGGGACGCUGUGACAACCAGGAUGGGGUGGCCAGGCCACCAAAAGGCCAACACAGCCCCAGGGGGGGCGAGAUGGGUGACAGCAACCCCCGAAUGUCACCACCACUGGCCCUGCUCCAUCCCAGCCCCUCCUUGGGCUGCAAGGACAGUGCCAUCACCAUGAGGUUCCCGAGGGGACCCUGCCACCACGCAGUGUCCCUCAGGGGACAUUGUCACCACGCGCCCCGCUGUGCCCAUGGCAUCAAGGCCUGGCUUGGCUGGUUCCCACCCCCUGCUCCAGCACCAGCGACGGGCACAGAUUUAUACCCCGGUGUCAAGCCAGUCAAAUAAAGGUUUUAUUUUAACAGA